AUGGACGAGGAACUGUUAAAUAUUGAACAACCAAUUGUUUUUGACGAGGCUAUUGCGCAUUAUGAAGUGCAUGCGCAGCAGCCGUAUACUUCAUCAACCUAUAAUAACAGUGAUGAAAUUCGAAUCACUGUACAAAAUCAAGACCACUGUCUACUUCCGAGUAAAAGUUCAAUUCAUAUCAGUGGAAGACUUGUAGAUGCCAACGGAGCUCCUCUAGCACGCACCAAUCUAGUUUCUAAUGGCGUUUGUCAUUUAUUCAAAGAAGCAAAAUAUGAGCUUAACGGUGUUGAAAUUGAUAAAAAUAAAAAUGUAGCUCUUACAAGUUUAAUGAAAAAUUAUGUUUCUUUUGAUGUUACUCAAAGUAAAUUUCUCGAAAAUGUUGGUUGGUUGGAAUUUAUCGAUGAUGCAAUAUUUACUAAUGAGCAGGGUUAUUUUGAUGUUUGCAUACCGUUAAAUAUGAUUUUUGGUUUUUCAGAGGAUUAUCAAAAAGUAAUUGUAAACGCAAAACAUGAGCUCAUUUUCACAAGAUCGAGGACAGAUUUAAAUGCUGUUCUCCAAAUUGUCCCCCUUGAAGAGUUUAGAAUAGUAAUUGAAAAAGUCGAAUGGUUAUUACCGUAUAUAAAAUUGUCAGACGCUCGAAAAUUUAAAUUGUUAAAGUAUAUAGAAAAGGAUCCAUCGAUUCCAAUUAGUUUCCGAACUUGGGAAUUAUAUGAAUAUCCUUUAUUACCCUUAACUCAAAAGCAUAUUUGGAAUGUAAAAACGUCAACGCAAUUGGAAAAGCCUAGAUUUAUUGUAUUAGGAUUUCAAACAGGAAGAAAAAACAAUACUACUAGAAAUUCAAGUCAUUUUGAUCAUUGUAAUAUAUCUGAAGUAAAAUUAUUUUUAAAUUCGCAAAGCUAUCCAUAUGGUAAUAUGAAUCUUAAUAUUGAUAGAAAUCAAUAUUCUACUUUGUAUGAAAUGUAUGUUAAUUUUCAAUCUAUUUAUUAUGGUAAGGAAUCUCAGCCGCUUUUAACGAAAAAAGAAUUUUUGGCAUAUGCUCCUUUAAUUGUAAUUGAUUGUUCCAAACAAAAUGAGGCACUGAAAAGUGGACCAGUUGAUAUCCGUUUGGAAUUUGAAUCUAGAGGAAAUUUUGAGGCCAACACUUCAGCAUAUUGUUUGAUUUUGCAUGAUCGCAUCGUUGAAUAUAAACCACUAAGUGGUAUUGUAAGAAAAAUUGUUUAA